AUGGAGCUGUGUAAAGAGUUUCCCGAAAUACCAGCAGAUUUUAAUGAUUUUAAAGCGUCACCGAAGCCGUAUGAUAUGACUUGUAACGAGCUCACAUUGAAGAAUCACUCAAAGUUUGCUGUUUUAUUCAAAGUUCCUAUCAAAUUGGUCGACAACAUCGACGGAGACUCGCUCUACGUGAUUUAUACACUAGUCGGAAAGCAGUGGCAUGAUGAAAGAAUGUCAGCUUUCAGAUGUUGGGAAAGAGCAAAAAAGCAAGAUGUGCCAACGAAGUGUGUUUCGAUUCGGAUCAAAAAAUCGACUGAAUGUGAGAAAAAAGAGAAGAACAAGAAGGAUAAAGACAAGACGAAGAGCGAAGAUUGA